UCACACAUUCUCAGCAACUAAACAUUUCAUACUUCCUCUUUGUUCUCCAUUCAGGUUUUUGAGUUUCAACUAUGGAACCAAGUUGUGUUCAGUUUCUUGAGAAUAAGACAGUUCUCGUCACUGGCGCAUCCGGUUUUCUUGCUAAAGUUUUCGUGGAGCGAGUUCUGAGAUUGCAACCAAAGGUGAGGAGGCUUUACCUCCUCGUAAGAGCAUCCGACAACAAGGCCGCGAAGCAACGGUUACACAGUGAGGUUUUCGAGAAAGAUUUAUUUAGGGUGUUGAGAAAGAAUGUUGGUGAUGAAUGUCUAAACGCUUUAAUAUCGGAGAAAGUUGUUCCUAUUCCGGGUGACAUAUCACUAAACAAUAUGGGAGUGAUCAGAGAUUCUAAUCUCUUACAAGAUAUGAUGCAAGAGAUCGACAUCAUUGUGAAUUCUGCUGCCACCACGAGAUUCGAUGAAAGAUAUGAUGUUGCUCUUGGGAUCAACACAUUUGGACCUCUCAAUAUCCUUAACUUUGCUAAGAAGUGUGCAAAACCACAAUUGCUUCUUCAUGUAUCUACUGCCUAUGUUUGUGGGGAAAGAUCCGGACUCAUACUAGAAAAACCUUUUGCUAUGGGAGAAAGUCUAAAUGGCAAAAACAAGGUAGAUAUCGAUGCGGAAAUGUUAUUGGUAGAGCAGAAACUGAAACAACUCAAGAAACUAGGUUAUUCAGAAGAAGAAACCAAACAAGCCAUGAAAGAUCUCGGAUUGAAAAGGGCAAAACUUUAUGGAUGGCCAAACACAUAUGUCUUCACGAAAGCAAUGGGAGAAAUGCUUAUUGGCUACUGUAGAAAAUCUAUGCCUAUUGUAAUCAUACGUCCCACAAUUAUCACAAGCACUUUCUCUGACCCAUUCCCCGGCUGGAUUGAAAGUAUAAAGACCAUAGACAGUGUGAUUGUUUCAUUUAGAAAGGGACUGCUAAAGUGUUUCCUUGUUGAUGAUAUGGCAGUAUGUGAUCUUAUACCCGUCGAUAUGGUGGCAAACGCAAUGAUUGUGACCGCAGCUGAACAUUCACGUGAGUCAGGGAGUCAUACCAUAUACCAUGUCGGCUCAUCUUAUCAGAACCCGGUGAUGUAUAAACAGAUAUAUGAAAUUCUAAAUCGUUUUUUCCUGGCGAGCCCUCUGCUCGGUCGCAAUGGCUUGCCUAUUGUCCCAAACGUCAAAAUAUUUCCCACAAUGGCUAGGUUUCGUGUCUACACGAGCCUUCGUUAUAAAUUACCUUUACAGAUAUUGCGAUUACUUAGAUUAAUUUUUCCAUCGCAACUCGGGGAGAAAUAUGAAGUUCACAAUCGUAGAUUCAAUAUAGCGAUGAGAAUGGUGAAACUUUACAGGCCUUAUGUAAUCUUCAAAGGCAUAUUUGAUGAUAGAAACCUGGAAAGAUUACGAAUCAAGAAUGAAGGCACAGAGAUAGACAAAUUAAUCGGCUCCACCAAAUGCAUUGAUUGGGAAGACUACUUCAUGAAUAUACAUAUCCGUGGCCUCAUUACACACGUACUCAAGAAAUAAACUUCACAUACAAUGCAUUGAUCUGCCAGAUCGUACUGAAAUUUCGAUAGCAACCUGGUAAACUUGAGCUACGGACUUAAGAAAGAAAGCAGCUAGAGCAAGUUUUGUGGACAAGCUUGAUGCGUUAGACUACUAUUUUUUUUUUUUUUUCUGAACGCAUAAAAUAUGUAUUCAAAAUUCAACAUGUCUUUCAUAAACAUUCAGAAUAUGUCUAGACGAAUAAAAUGUCUUUCAUACUAUAAAUUAUUAGCUUAGACGAAUAAAAAAUGUCUUUCAUAAACAUUCAGAAUUUUAUGUGAUGUUUUCCUUUA